UUUUAAACAGUUCUCAGGAUACGUGAUUUGUUGAAGCUCAAGAGAAAACUAAAUUGAACGUUAUGUAAAAGGAGUUCCGAGUACUGCUAUUCGUGAGAUUUCGCUUAAAGAAAUGCAGCAUAGGAAAAUUGUUAGGUUACAGGAUGUAGUGCACAGUGAGAAGCGAUUGUAUCUGGUUUUCGAGUAUCUGGACUUAGAUCUGAAGAAGCAUAUGGAUUCAUCUCCCGAGUUCAUAAAAGAUCCUCGACAAGUAAAAAUGUUCCUUUAUCAAAUGCUCUGUGGAAUUGCUUACUGUCAUUCACAUAGAGUUCUUCACCGAGACUUGAAACCACAGAAUUUGUUGAUAGAUCGCCGUACUAAUUCUCUAAAGCUUGCAGAUUUUGGAUUGGCUAGGGCGUUUGGCAUUCCUGUCAGAACAUUUACACACGAGGUAGUUACACUGUGGUACCGAGCUCCAGAAAUAUUGCUUGGAUCUCGUCAUUAUUCAACCCCAGUCGAUGUUUGGUCAGUGGGAUGUAUAUUUGCAGAGAUGUCAAACCGACGACCUCUAUUUCCUGGGGAUUCCGAGAUUGACGAAUUGUUUAAAAUAUUCAGAAUCUUGGGUACCCCGAACGAAGAUACAUGGCCAGGAGUAACUUCAUUGCCUGAUUUUAAAUCAACAUUUCCCAGGUGGCCAGCUAAGGACCUAGCCGCCGUGGUUCCAAAUCUUGAGCCAGCUGGUCUUGAUCUUAUUUCUAGCAUGCUUUGCUUGGACCCCAGCAAAAGAAUCACCGCCAGGAGCGCAGUGGAACAUGAAUACUUCAAAGACAUUAAAUUUGUACCCUAAUUCCACAUCUUAAUGGUAAAGGUGUUUAUAGCAAUAUGUGCAGAAUUUAUGAAUUUUGAUUUUGCAAGAAAUGGGUGUGCUAUUUUUGUUAUUUUCUUCAACAACUUGGGAUACUGUCAGAUUUUAACUUUUUGUCCUAAAAUAUUUCAGAUUCAAUUCAGUGUGAUAUGAUAAUAGUAUUUGGCAUAUGACCUUUUUUUUUUUUGUUGAACUCUGAAUACCAAUAUACAGGUAACUGUUCAGUUUGCUGGAUUUA